AUGUCCGGCUACCCCCCCGCGCUCAUCAAGAAGUUUGCCAUACGGCACGAGGAUAAUGUCAAAGCCAUGGAAGGGUUCACAUUUGCCACGCUUGCCAUCGGUGGUGUCUUUGUUCUUCUUCAUCUUUCAAAAAGCGCCUACCAUGUCUUUCGGCGUUGGCAGGGUGGCAGCAGGGGCUCAGCUCUGCUGUCGUCACCUAUGAGAAUGAUUCGACAAUGUUCCAUCUAUUCUGUCCCAUUCUUCCCAUCCGCCGGGCACGCCCUCAUUAUCGUCACCUACAUCGCGCUCAACUUUGUCUUCCUCUUCGCCUUCUUGGAUAACAAUAAUUUCGGGUUUAUUACGAACAUUGCAUCCAGAACCGGAUGGCUCGCCCUAGCCAACAUGAUCUUUUCGGUUUUCCUCGCACUCAAGAACACACCGCUGGCGUUCCUAACAGCCUGGUCCUACGAACGCCUCAACAUUUUGCACAGGUACUCUGGAAUGUUUGCAGUCCUACACAUGAUCAUUCAUGCCAUCACCUACUCUGCCUACUUUGCUGGCCAGGGACAACCCGAGAUGCUCACCAUGAAGAGCAGCAUCUACGGCAUUCUCGCUGGCGCGUCGUUCUUUCUCCUCGGUGUCAGUGGCGUUGUGCUGCGUCCGUGGUGGUAUGAACUGUUCUACUACGUGCAUAUAGUAUUCUUCGCCCUUGCCAUUAUCAUGACUGGCCUACAUCAACCUUCAUUUGUUGAUGGCUUCCUGAUCAUCACAGUCCUGACCGGGUCCAUGUGGGUGCUCGACAGGCUCAUCCGCUUCGUCAGACUUGUCUCCUACAGCUUCAACAAUCACGUUACUCUUACACCGCUUCCUCAUGGUGGUACUCGUGUUACCCUGGCCAAGGCACCUCUCGGGGCGCUUUCUGGAAAGCAUUGCUUUUUGUGGAUUCCCGCCAUCCGCUCCUUCGAGACGCAUCCGUUUACCAUUUCUGCCAUGAACCCGCUUGAGUUUGUCGUGACAGCACAUAACGGAUUCACAAAGGACCUGCACAAUCUUGCCGUUGAGCAACCCGGGGUUGAGUUUGGGGCGUCUGUCGAGGGCAGCUACGGCACCUUUCCGAAGCCCUCCAGCUUUGACCAUGUUGUCCUGAUCGCCGGCGGCACUGGAGCAAGUUUCACCUUUGGCGCUGCUUUUAACGCCCUAAAACACCUAAAUGGAAGGCAGAAGACAAAAAUUAUGUUUGUCUGGACUGUUCGUCAUCGAUCCAUCCUGAGCUGGUACGCAAGCCACCUUCAAACGCUGUGCAACGACAGCAGAGUCUCUGUCCACGUAUUCGUUACCAAGGACAGGGACCCAAGUGGAUUAUCCAUGCCAAAUUCUGCAGCUCGGCACCAUAUUUUCCCAAGGACUCAUGAAAACUCGCGACUUGACAUGUCCUCGGCAUCUAGCAUGUCUGGGGAUGCUGAAAAGAACAUUGGUGGCGUUGUGAACGAGGACGUGGAAAUCUUUUCCGGUAUUCCUAUUACGUGGAAGCGUCCUGACGUGCCGGGCAUGAUCCGUGGCGUAGUCUCAGGGGCUGCCAGAGAGGAAAGUGUUUUGGUCAUGGGCUGCGGGCCAGGCAAGUUGAUGAAGCAAGUUCGCAACACUACGGCGGCCUGCAUUUGGUCAGACGGUCCCACGGUAGAGCUGCACUGCGAGGAGUUUGGGUGGUAA